AGUUUAAAAUAUGAAAUGAUGAGGAAAGUGUUGAAAACUGCUUCACCAGAAAGAGAAAAUCUGGUCCUGAAUUAAAGAUUAUGCCACAUUAGCUCAAAGAGAUAAUAUACACUUUAAGCAAUUCAGAGAUAAAUUAUGCCAAAAUAUUUAAGGUAAUUUAUGAAGAUGGAGGAAGCUUAGUGAAAUAUCGAAUGCAGUCAAAAAGGAGAUUCAGGAC